GGAUCGUGUGAGAAAGCGUGCAUGGUUAAUCACCAUACUUUUAAAAGAAAGGACAGCCGCAACUAAAUUCUCACAAAGUUAUACUUUGAUGUCUUGUGGAGUACAGUAAUUUUUUACGCGACUGUUUACUCGUUAAGGAUAUAUUUCUCUUUGGAUUUGUUUCUCCCCCCUCUUCGCUCGUCUCUGUGUGUGAGGCUGUCUGUCCCAUUAGCGCCUUUCUUCUGCUGCAGUAUGAACGGGGACGAGCAUGGAUGCGUGUGGACUGGACUGAUCUAGUGUACGUGCAUUUCGGUUAAAAUCUUUCGCGCUGUUUGGGAUUUUGAAAACGACGUCACGUACAUGGAGUAAUAAAUAAUGUCCUCGCUGUGAAAUCCGUCUUUGUGUGUUGGAAUAGCCGUGUCCGUGUUUAUUAAAGGAUCCACGAAAUAAAGGGUGAAAAUGACCUAUGCCGGAAGCUGAACCUUAAACGCACAGACUCCCAGUGAGUUGAAGAGGGGCUGUCCCAUAAUCCCGACUCGUCGAGUUAAGGGAUCAUGGGAGAUGGAGGCGUCAAUGCGGUGGGAGACAGGGUAAAUCAGUCCCAUGUGUUGUUUGACCGCUUCGUCCAGGCCACCACCUGCAAAGGCACUCUCAAGGCUUUUCAAGAGCUUUGUGACUUCCUGGAACUCAAGCCCAAUGAAUACCGUGUGUUCUACCACAAACUCAAGUCCAAGCUCAACUACUGGAAAGCCAAAGCUCUCUGGGCCAAGUUAGACAAACGCGCCAGCCACAAAGAAUACAAAAAAGGACGGACCUGUGCAAAUGCUAAGUGUCUAAUCAUUGGAGCUGGACCAUGUGGUUUGCGUACAGCCAUAGAGCUGGCAUUCUUGGGAGCCAAAGUGGUUUUGCUGGAGAAGAGGGAUGCUUUCUCUCGGAACAAUGUGCUCCAUCUGUGGCCUUUCACUAUUCAGGAUCUGCGAGGUCUUGGAGCCAAGAAGUUUUAUGGCAAGUUUUGCGCUGGAGCCAUCGACCAUAUCAGUAUUCGACAGUUGCAGCUGAUGCUCUUGAAGGUAGCUCUUCUCCUCGGCAUUGAGAUUCAUGUCAAUGUGGAAUUCAAAGGCCUCGUUGAACCACCAGAAGACCAGGAGAAUGAGCGAAUAGGGUGGAGAGCUGAAGUCCACCCCAGAACACAUCCAGUCCACGAGCUGGAGUUUGAUGUCAUCAUUGGGGCUGAUGGGAGAAGAAACACACUAUCAGGGUUCAAAAGAAAGGAGUUCAGGGGAAAAUUGGCUAUCGCUAUCACAGCAAACUUCAUUAACCGCAACACGACUGCAGAAGCAAAGGUGGAAGAAAUCAGUGGAGUCGCCUUCAUUUUCAACCAGAAGUUCUUUCAGGAUCUUAGAGAAGCCACAGGGAUUGACCUGGAAAACAUUGUGUACUAUAAGGAUGACACGCACUACUUUGUCAUGACUGCCAAAAAACAGAGUCUGCUGGAGAAGGGUGUCAUUCUUAAUGACUAUGCCGAUACAGAAAUGUUGCUUUCCAGGGCGAAUGUUGACCAGAAGGCUCUGCUGUCCUAUGCCAGAGAGGCUGCCGACUUUUCCACCAAUCACCAGCUUCCUACUCUAGAUUUUGCCAUCAACCACUACGGUCAACCCGACGUCGCCAUGUUUGACUUCACCUGUAUGUACGCAUCUGAAAACGCGGCACUAGUACGCCAGCGCAACGGCCAUAAGUUGCUAGUAGCGCUUGUGGGGGACAGUCUUCUAGAGCCUUUUUGGCCAAUGGGCACUGGAAUAGCAAGAGGUUUCUUGGCAGCCAUGGAUUCAGCAUGGAUGGUGAGGAGUUGGGCUCAGGGAAACACUCCUUUAGAGGUGUUGGCUGAACGGGAAAGUAUCUAUCGACUGCUCCCUCAAACGACACCAGAAAAUGUGAGUAAGAACUUCAGCCAGUACAGCGUUGAUCCUACUACACGGUACCCAAACAUCAAUCUUCACCAAGUUAGACCCGCCCAGGUACGGCAUCUGUUAGACACUGGAGAGAUCAGGGAUUUGCGCGUUGAUAUGGAGAAUGUCAUCAAUUCCUCAGCUCCUAAGCUCACAAGAAAUGAACAACAACUUGAAGUGCAAUUGCAAGAAUCCAUCGCGCGUUCGAGUAAACUACUGAACUGGUGUCAGAGACAAACGGAGGGCUACCGCGGUGUCGGCGUGUCUGACCUUACCACGUCUUGGAAGAGUGGCUUGGCCCUGUGUGCACUCAUCCACCGAUACAGACCAGACCUCAUUAACUUUGACUCUCUGGACGAGAAGGACGUGGAGAAAAACAACCAGCUGGCUUUUGACGUAGCUGAAAAAGAGUUUGGGAUUUCUCCCAUCAUGACCGGGAAGGAGAUGUCAGUUGUGGUGGAGCCCGACAAGCUGUCCAUGGUUAUGUACCUCAGCCAGUUUUAUGAGAUGUUUAAGGACACUGUGCCACCUGGUGAAAAUCACAACCUAAGCCCCGAGGAGAAGGCUGCGUUGAUUGCAAGUACUAAAUCGCCCAUCUCAUUCCUCAGUAAACUGGGUCAAAGCAUCGCCAUCUCCCGCAAACGAAACCCCAAGGAUAAAAAAGAAAAGGAUGUAGAUGGAAAAAGACGUAAGACCAGCCAGGCGGGACAAUCAGAUGAUGAGGAGCUGCAUAGGGUUAAUCGAGACGACAGACCAUCCAUAGCAACGGCACUGGCCGAACGUAAAAUAGACUGCACAGCAGCAGCGAACAACAACAACAAAGUGAAGUCAAUGGCCACACAGCUGCUAGCAAAGUUUGAGGAGAAUGCUCCGGUGCAGUCCACAGGACUUAAGAGACAGGGGGACUCUAUGCCCAAUUUGGGGCUGCUGCUGGUCCCCUCUCCAGCCCCACCUUUUCUGAGAGAGCCCACACGGGUCAUGCAGCUCCCUGCAUGGAGGAAGGCCAGCAGCAGUACUGAGGUCUUGAGGAGCUGCCCUAAGAAAACCAUUCUCCUCUCUUCCUCCUCACCUUCAUCUUCCUCCUCAUUCUCUUCAUCGUUUCUUCCACACACACAGGAUGUUAAUCAGUUUAGUGUGGAUGAUUUAGAGCCGAUACGUAUGCCCAGUGUUCAGGAGAGAGCUGAGACUUUAGCUGGUAGAUUUAAAGGCGAACCUGAACGGAAGAAGCCGCCACAGGUUAUGAAAAAGCCAUCACGGUUCUUUAUUGAGCAGUGGCUUUUGACCCACGACCUCAGUCCUGAGCAGCGUGUCCAUCCCAGUGACCAUGAGAAGCAGCAAAGGGAGAUUUUGCGUUCGGACGAUCACAUGCCUUUACACAUCCCCAGUAUUCAGGAGAGAGCUGAGAGGUUAGCCUCUAACUUUAAAGACAAACCAGCCCGUCCCAAGUCAAAGAAAAAGACAUCACAUUUCUUUAUGCAGCAGUGGUACAGGUCACGUGACGUGAGGUCUUCUAUCCCCCGGCACUCCCCGGGAUCUUUCCGGCAGAAGUAUAUUAAGAUGUACACAGGGGGUGUGAGCUCACUGGCUGAGCAAAUAGCCAAUCAGCUUCAGCCUCAGGACAACUGCAGACCCCUUCUUGAGAAAAGGGAUUUGGGUUCUUUGCGGAAGGAGUUUCCUCAGAACAUUGGCGGCAGUGAUGUGUGUUUCUUCUGUCGGCGGCGCGUCUAUGUCAUGGAGCGUCUCAGCGCCGAGGGAAAGUUUUUCCAUCGCAGCUGCUUCAAGUGUGACUACUGUGGCACCACCCUCCGUCUGUCCUCGUAUGCCUUCGAUGUUGAGGAUGGGAAGUUUUAUUGCAAACCUCAUUAUUGCUACCGACUGUCUGGUCAGGCACAGAGGAAACGGCCCGCACCUGCUCCAGCUCCUUUGAAUCCUAAGGAGCCCCAGAUUUUGGCUGUUACCCCCAACACAGUUGUGGACACCCCAGGUCAAACCAUAAGUUCUCAGACCCCUGUGGAGCGCCAGCCCUCAGUGUCAGAGGUGAACGGGGUUAAGGACCCCAUUGUGGCCAAGCGGCUUAAAGGGACUCCAGAGCGAAUCGAGCUGGAGAACUAUCGCCUGUCCAUGAUGAGAGAAGAAGAACUGGAGGAGGUGCCAGAGGAGACACAGGCGGAGCAUAACCUCAGCAGUGUGCUGGACAAAGCCACAGAUGUGGAUGAAGGAUCCAGUAGCUCAGAGUCUGAUAUGGAAGAAGAGGAUGAAGAACCUGAAGCAGCCGGGCCGUCUGAUCUGGGUGGAGUGCCCUGGAAGGAGGCCGUGGAGCUUCACGCUAAACUAAAAGGAGAAAGUGACCCUGGUGCUGCUGAAGAUGACGAUGACGGAGAGAUGGAGGAUGAAGAGGAUGACGAGGAAGAUGAUGAGGAGGAAGAGGAAUCAAGUGAAGAGGGAGAUUAUUUGCCCUGGGAGACUGAGCUUCAGUCAGGUCUUUGGCUGGAGAAUCUGGCAAAUGAAGAGGAAACAGGUGUGUUUAAAGCUAGGAGCUUGCAAAUACAACAGGCUGUACAGCCAGUAGAUCCUCUGGACAUCCAGAUGGAGAACCACUGGACAUCCAAUCAGACUGAAGGUCUAAAGGAGGGUCCUUCAGCAUCAACCUUAGGCUCUCAGCCUUCCCUCAACACCCAGACCACACAGCCCACCUCCUCCACAGCCCCCUCCCACAAGUCUGUGCGUCAUGAGGCUGUCAGAGCCUGGUUGGAGUCGAUGUCAGGAGAGCCCUGCGAAGAGGGCGAUGAACUGGAGGCCGAAGCAGGCAGUCCUGACAUGGAACCUGGCACUGAACAAGAUCAAGAUGACAUUCCAUCAGACGCUGAAGCUGAAGCUCGCUCACAGUGCAUAGAUGAAAUUUUGUCAAUUCCUUUGAAUAAUGACAAACCAGAGAUUGAGGAACAUGUUUCCAGCACUGAGAAAACAACUGCAGGACCAAGGGAACUCAUCGUAGAUGUUGUAUUGUCACCGAUCCAAAAACCUGAUUUACUUUGUGAUGAGGUUAAAGAGAUUUCUCCUGUGAUAUUGGUGAAGUCCCCAGGGGCGAGGUUCUUCCCUGAGCCCUUUCUGCCCGAUGUUGAUAAACCAAACAUAAAUUCACCACAGACUCUUGAUGCUAAAAGUCCCCGUUCUCCCAUUGAUCAAAUAGCUGCAGCUUCCCCCAUCUGUACGCAACCUGUUCCACAACUAGAGACCGUGUCUUCCAAAUCUCCUGUCCAGCCUCAGCCUUGUGCCUGUUCUCCAACAGGUAAUCCUUUAUCUCCAAUCUGUGCCCAAUCGCAGCCCUGCCAUGAACUGCCAUCACCCAUCUCCGCAAGCUCUCCAGUCAGGACCCAGCCGGUCCCAGCAGUAACAUCCACUCCUAUGGCUAAAACCUCUUCUGAGAAGAGAAGCGAUAAACAUGAGGUAACACCCAUCAAGAAGACAGACCUCAUUGAGGAGUUCUGGAUGAAGAGUGCAGAGAUUCGAAAGAGUUUAGGACUCUCUCCUAUCGACAGAAGCCAAAUGGUGACAGAGAAGAGCAUCCUAAAAACGCCUACCCCUGAAUCAUCAUCGUCUCUCAAGUCUUAUACCCCAGAGGAAUUGUCUGAAGAGCAAAAGCCUGUCUUGACAGGACGUUCUAUCAUACGCAGGAUCAACAUUACUUUAGAGGGACAGGUUAUAUCUCCUGUGGAACCCAAGAGUAGUGGUUCUGAGAAGAAGGACUUGAGCAGCAGUUCAGGGUUGGGACUAAACGGUAGCGUGAGCACCAGUCAGACAGCAGCUAGUGACAGUUACAACAAUUCGGACUCCACCAUGCUCACCCCUCCAUCUAGCCCCCCUCCUCCCACGCCCAAAGAAGAACCUGCUUCUUUCCACAACAAAAAGCCUCAUGUUUCCUGGGACAAUCUUGUUGAAGAAACGAAGGAGCCCAAAUCGGAGACUACACCCCCUAGACUUAAAACCCCCCAAAGUCCGCUUAAGCCAGAACCAGUCACAGUUCCUGUGCCGGCUCCAAGAACUAACCCCCCUGUUGUGAUGAGGGUUAAAGAACCAAACAAACCACCUCGGGAAGAGGCGAGGAAGUCUUUCGUGGAGUGCGUAGAUGAGAUACCAUUUGCAGACGAUGACGAUGAUGACACGUACGAUGACCGCACCCCUGACACAAGCGCCCUGGAUAGGUUUUACACCCCACCAACAAGCAAAGUCAGCCGGGAAAGACCUUCUUUCCACCUGGCAUUGGCUACGGAAAAUGGCAAACCCAACUUUCCUGGAGGGGUAUCGCGAACAACAAAGGGACCCCAACAAUUCUCACCUGAAGCCAAGGAGAUAGCAGAAGAGCGAAUGAGAGCUCGGGAAAAGUCUGUGAAGAGCCAAGCUCUGAAAGAUGCCAUGGCUAUGCAGCUGACUAAGAUGAAAGAUGCGGAGAGUUCCAAAGGAGCGGUUGCAAAAGCAACCUGGAACGUUACAGAGGCAACUGGAAAACUUAAAAAGGAAUCAAAGGACUCCGCUGUGAAGGCCUUAGAGUCCAAAAAGCAAGCAGAGGCGCUUCCGGAUAGAUUCUUCACCUCACCGGUCAAUAAAACCUUGGAUGGUUCAGUCACGUCUUCUGGGAGCUCCACGGGCGGAAAAAGCAAAAAACGUAGUUCACUUUUUUCUCCACGAAAGAACAAAAAGGAAAAGAAGGCCAAAAAUGAAAGUAGGCUCUCUGGCACCGAAGAGACGCCACCCAAGCACAAGUCUCUGUGGAAGACGGUCUUCUCUGGCUACAAGAAAGACAAAAAAAAGAAAGAUGACAAGUCUUGUUCGAGCACACCCUCGAGCUCUACAACCGUAGACUCAGGAAGGAAGAAAGAAUUGCCCCUGGAUAAGUCCUCAGAUUCACGUUUGAGAAAAAAUCUCAGCUUUUCCGAGGACUCUGAUCUCUCCUGUGAUGAUGUUCUGGAAAGAUCCUCUCAGAAGUCGAAGGGUGAUCGGCGUGUGGACCUGUUUGACUUGGUCUCUGAUUUGAAUAAAGAUGCAAUGAAAGAGAAAGAAAAUAAAGAUAGGGCAAAAGAAAGAGUUACAGAGAAUGGAAAUAAGAAAGCAAGCGAAAGAAGAUUGAAAGUGAAGGACAAAGUAAACAAUGAUGAGUCUGUAUAUGUACCUCAUGCACUGGCGUUCAAGAGAUCGUAUGCCACCAAGAAGACCUACACAGAGGAAGAACUCAAUGAGAAGCUCACGAGAAGAGUUCAGAAAGCAGCACGCAGACAAGCCAAACAAGAGGAGCUAAAGAGACUCCAUAGAGCUCAGAUCAUUCAGAGGCAGCUGGAGCAGGUGGAAGAGAAACAGAGGCAGUUAGAAGAGAGAGGCGUCGCUGUAGAAAAGGCACUGAGAGGCGAAGCAGGGUUGUAUAAAGGUUCUAGUGUUAGUCCAAAACAGCGUAAGAGACGCUCAGACUAUUGGGGAGAGUCUAAUUACAGUGAGAUCCUGGAUUUGCAUCUGGGCGUUGAGCCCUAUGUCGGGACCCCUCGCCGAAGAGUUCUGUACCUCUGCCCCUGCUGUUCCCCUAAAGGAAUGGGUAAAAAGGACGAUCCAAAGCUGAUGCAGGAAUGGUUUAAACUGGUCCAGGAGAAGAACGCAUUGGUGCGAUACGAAUCAGAGCUGAUGAUAUUUGCUCGUGAGCUGGAGCUGGAGGACAGACAGAGUCGUCUACAACAGGAACUGCGAGAACGCAUGGCAGUAGAUGACCAUCUGAAGACCGAGGAGGAACUGGCAGAGGAGAAGCAUAUUUUGAAUGAGAUGUUGGAGGUAGUGGAGCAAAGAGAUUCUCUGGUGGCCCUGCUGGAAGAGCAGAGACUCCGAGAGAAAGAAGAGGAUAAAGAUCUCGAGGCAGUGAUGCUCUCAAAGGGAUUCAACCUCAACUGGGUUUAACAUAACAAAGCCAUUUCUUCCAUUGCCAACUGUUCCCGAUUUCCCUGCAGGGAGUAUAAUGAUCGCAGAAUGAAUCUGUCUGGCCUCCCCCUCGUUUUAUUGGGCAUGUCAACAGCGUUUACAAAUCCACUCAUGAGCAUGUUUGAUGAUGUUUACGAUGUUCUCCCGGCACGACUCACGCCUGACCAGCGUUUCAUCUCUUGGCAGCCAAAGCAAAGCUUCAAAACAUCCUCUCCUUCGCAAUCAGAUAAUAGAUUUGAAUCUUUUUUCAAUGGUUUUUUUUUUGGUCUUAAAAGGGAAAUAUCGAUCCUGCUGAUGUUGAGGAUGUCUGAGACUAAUGAUCCUAAGCGAAAUGAAAACAUUAGCCGGUCUUGAUGUUCAAAGAAUAUUUGGUCAAUCAACUGUUAUGUUUAAAUCGGAGACUCAUGCUUUUCUAUCUUGACUACUGACUGAUAGACGACUGUUUUUUCCUCCAGUCACACUCCCAUUCAAUUUCACAAAACAUUCAAUGACUUUCACGCAACCGACAGAUGGAAGUAUUUAUUAGUUGUGGAUCACAGAAUAAGCAUGUGAUGGACUUUGUAAUUUUCACAGACGCCUGCAGAAAUCAACACAUAUCUUGUGUUUGUAGCAUUGACAUGUUCAAGAUGUUAUUUCCCAGUGUUUCUCUAAACACCUUAGAGAUGAGCUGGGAGGAAAAACUAUACUACUAUACUCAAUAUUACACACUUUGUUAAAAGUUCAUUUCAGUCUCUAUACUUAGUGACGCAUAUAU